GUUGAUGCCGGUGCACUCAAUCUCCCUAACAUCUCACCCUUUUUUCCCUAUAAAUUAACCCCCUCCCCUUUUAACAAUCUAAACCAAACCCCACACACACAUACAACAACACUCACUCUCAAUUUCUCAAACCCCUCUUUUGUAUCCCAAAAACACAAAGAACAAAUAGCUAAAUACCAAACACAAAACAACAAAACACAACUUUGAGGAAAGACAUGGAGAAUGACACAAUUAGAAACACUCCUUCUAAAUUUUCUCACUCUUCUUCACUUCCACCUCUUGCUUCUCAAAUUGUGAUGAGUCCUUGUGCUGCUUGCAAGAUUUUGAGAAGAAGGUGUGCUGAGAAAUGUGUGUUGGCACCUUAUUUUCCUCCCACUGAACCUGCCAAAUUUACCACUGCUCAUCGUGUGUUUGGUGCUAGCAACAUCAUCAAGUUCUUACAGGAACUACCGGAGUCUCAACGAGCCGAUGCAGUGAGCAGCAUGGUUUAUGAGGCAAGUGCAAGAAUAAGAGAUCCAGUAUAUGGAUGUGCUGGUGCAAUUUGUCACCUCCAAAAUCAAGUGAAUGAGCUUCAAGCACAAUUAGCCAAGUCACAAGUUGAACUUAUGAACAUGCAAUUGCAACAAUCCAAUCUAUUGGCCAUGAUUUGCAUGGAAAUGAAUGAAACUCCACAAGAAUCACCACAGCAAUCAAUAGACAACUUCAUUUCAAGUCCUACUUAUAGUAGUGAUUAUCAAAACAAUCUCAACUUCUUUGAGGACAACACUAGCCCAAAUUCAUUGUGGGAGCCUCUUUGGACAUGAAGAUUAAUGAGAAUCAUAUUAUUAUACUAAUUUAUCUCAUAUAUUGUAAGACAUUUCAAAAUUGUUUUGAUUACAUAUAGGAGUCGAUUAUAUUUCAGAAUUGCCUAUCAGAUAUGAGUUUAGUGAUAAAAGUUUAAUCUUGUAACUCCGAAAAAUGGAGUUAAGAACUUAUUGAGAAUGUAAAAUUAUCGUCAGGGUAAUUUAAGUAAUAAAUAAACUUUAUAUUUUCU